CCUAAGGAAAGGAGGCUGCAAAGAACUUUCGAGCACUGCCUACAGUGCACCGCGUGAGGUACAUUGACGGCACUACUCUCUACUAGGUUCAACACUUACAGGAGAACAUACUAUUCUUAUCAUUCUCAGCAUGCACACAAACUGACGAGUGUACCGGAUAUGGUGGCAGUUGCAGUAAGAUCUCAGCUGGAUGUUCGGGCACUUCCUAUGACGCAGGAUGCGCAGCUUCAACUUGCACUUGCUGCAUUGCUGAUACUUCUACUUGUGUCACACUACCUGCCUGCGGAGAUGCUGGCGGGUCGUGCAUUUCUCCUUCUGAAUCGGGCAACUGCACAGGUGUUCUCGACCCCAGUGGCUGCCUUGGAGACAGCUGCUCCUGUUGCAAGGGAGGAGAGGAUUCAAACGAAAGUGGCUAACCCUUGCAACCAGAGGAGUGAGAACUGGCGUUGUCCCCUGCUACACUGAGAACCAUUAAUUAUGAUUACUAAUUUGACUGAAAACAUUCUUUUCAUCCUUUUUAUAAAUUGAAGAAUCUUAAAUUGAAAACUUUUGUUAUUUCUUAAAUAUGUUUUAUGAUUAUUCUGCAAAUAAACUUAGCAU